UGAUCGCUAGAGUCCACCACAAUUUGACGCCACUAAAACGCCACUAACAACGUAACUUGCCGCCCCGAGGCCUUUUCAAGUUCCGACAGUCCAAUUCUGCCCCCGCCAGCGACGUCGACGCCGCAACUGCAAAGCGCAUCAAUUGCCCGUGUCGCGACCAUGGCAGCUCUCCGCUCUUCCGCCUCCGUCAUGCUCGGCGCUGCGGUGUCAAGGCCUGCCUUGCGCUCGGCCACUGCUGCUCCCGCUGCUGUCCGCGGCAUGGCCCAGCUCGCCAACGGCGCCCAGCACAGUAAUACGGCGUCUGGCGACCAGGCAAGGCUCAAGACCUUCCAGAUCUAUCGCUGGAACCCUGACACACCAACCGAGAAGCCGCGGAUGCAGAGCUACACCCUCGACCUCAACAAGACCGGGCCAAUGGUCCUCGACGCCCUGAUCCGCAUCAAGAACGAGAUUGACCCUACCCUCACUUUCCGCCGCAGCUGCCGAGAGGGUAUUUGUGGCAGCUGUGCCAUGAAUAUCAACGGGACCAACACCCUCGCUUGCCUGUGCCGUAUUCCAGCCGAGAGCAACGCGGACAUGAAGAUCUACCCGCUGCCGCAUACCUACGUCGUCAAGGACUUAGUUCCCGAUCUUACCCAGUUCUACAAGCAGUACAAAUCGAUCAAGCCGUACCUACAGAGGGAGACACCUGCGGAAGACGGCAAGGAAUACAGGCAAAGUAAGGCGGACCGGAGGAAGCUCGACGGCCUUUACGAGUGCAUUCUCUGCGCAUGCUGCUCGACCUCGUGCCCGUCCUACUGGUGGAACUCGGAGGAGUACCUCGGCCCUGCUAUUCUGCUGCAAUCGUACCGGUGGCUUGCCGACUCCCGGGACGAAAAGAAGGCGGAGCGUAAGGAGGCCCUCAACAACUCGAUGAGCCUGUACCGCUGCCACACCAUCCUCAACUGCACCCGGACAUGCCCCAAGGGUCUCAACCCCGGUCUGGCGAUCGCCGAGAUCAAGAAGGAGAUGGCUUUCUCUUGAGUGGCGGGCUGGGAGCAAGGGAUGGUUGGCGGACACGGCGUUGGGGCCGGAAAGUGGGCGGCGGUAUAAGUCCUAAACAUCGGACUACGGUGAAUAUGUAAACUGUACCCUUAUCUCCUGCAUGGUCGGAGUUCACUUUAUCACAGUACAGCAACAGGAUUGGCUUCUUAUGUUGCCCAUGGCCGGUCAUUUGAGGCGAUAUAAAUCUGAUGUCGUCCACUUCUCAGAUGAUAACAAACGAAGAAAGAAUCCAAAAGCCUUUUAACGAUUCAACGACCGUCUUAUUUCAGUAUUGACAACGAGCGAC